ACCGCUCAAAAUAUCGGCUUUUUUCACUCUCUUGUUCUUGCGUGACCUUGUGUCAUUCGUUCCUGAACGCAUGUUGUGUACCUUCAGUUUUACUGAGUGAACCUGGAAAAUGUGGAUAAACCAAAUUGUGUACACAUACCAUUACAUGUGUUUAGAACUGGAUUGAUUUGACAGCGCUUAUUAAAAUGGAUGCAACCCUGUGUUAAGCAUAAAUCACCUGUUUUAGGAUAAAUGACAUAACCAUAACAAAAAUUUUUUUUUCUAAUUUCUCAAAAUAAGGGACGUAGUUUUAUAAAUUGCGAUGUCCGCUUAUAAAUAUAAUGAAUUGAUUAAGCUUGGUACUCAAUAUGCACGACGGAUGGACUAUCUCUCCAACCGUAUAUUCGGGGAAGUGGCACGUACGACCAAUGAAAAAUCUAUGAAGGUCGUACGUAUGUUCGCUGAAGAGCCAGUACACAAGCGCGAUUCAUUGAAUAACUGGUAUCCCCGACACGUUGAAACGCACGUACUUAUGAAGAACUUACGGGCUUAUGGUUUGUACCGGGAUGAGCAUGAAGAUUUCAAGGAAGAAAUGAAGCGAAUGCGGCGAUUGCGUGGCAAGGCCGCGCCGAAGAAGGGAGAAGGCAAGCGCGCUUCCAAAAAAUAGUUGUGCACUGCUAAAAAUAAAGAUAAGUUAUGUACUAUAUGUUAAAAA